AUGAAAAUUAUGAUAAAACUCAGUAAUAGUACACCAUUAGGAUAUUUUAUCAUUGAUGAAGGUUUAACAAUCCCUUUAAAAUUUGAACAAGAUGAUGUCCUAGAAAAAAUACAUGAAAAUUUUGAUAAGACAACAAAAAAGAAUGAUUCAAUAAAAGAGGCUGAUAAAGAAAAAAAAGAUAUUAAAAUUCUCAUUCUUCAAUUAAAAAAACAAAGAAAUAAGGAAUUAAAUCAGAUUAUAAAGGAGAGUGAAAAUCAAAUAAAGAACAUUGUAGAUGAUUUGGAAUUGCUCAGAGAAAUAAAAAAGAAAUUAGAGUCUUAUAAAACUUCUACAAAUUAA